AUGUCGGUGUUGGACAGCCUGCGACGGCAUACGUUUUCGCAGACGCACAACGAAGCAGCAUCUACUGAGGGCAAAAGCGGCGUUCCUCGAUUCGACGGUGAAUCAGCACGUCUGGCUUUCGAGAAGCUCGCUGGUGACGAAGGACCGGACUAUUUGCUUCAUUCCACGCAGACGAUGCUACAACCUCGAAGCCGCCAAGAAGCCCAGGAGCCAUAUCAAGCAGGAGCUCAGCAAGGAGGACCUCUAUCCCGACAACACGGUGAGAGCAUUCCGAGCUAUGUUCUACGAAGGAAGGCUUGGUACGGGCUGAUGACGGACUUGGAUCCGGAGUUGAAACUGCGCGACGGCAUUGUGGCCGAACAGCUGUUGCAGAACGCUGGGCUCAUGAAGAUCACAGGUAUCGACAUGGAGGAGCACAUGGUGGCCAGCAAAGGAGGCAAGUUUUCCUACAAGGGAUCCGGCAAGGGCUACAACAAGAGCAAGACUCCAUGGAGGCCAUCAUUGACGAAUAUUGACGAGGGCCUGGACGAGACCGAGCAGGAAGCCAUUGACUAUGCCUCCGACAUCCUUCAAGCCGAGAGUGAGGUGCACUAUGCACGACAGAAGGCGCAGGAGACAGGGUGGCAACAAAGGCAAAGGACCCAAGGGAACUACAUCGUCUACUACCAGGACAACACCUCCAAGGGCGGCAAGUCUGGCCAGAGCAAGGGCAAUGACAAGCCGAGAACGGUGUACUUCACGGUCAAUGGGUACGAGGAUGACAAGGCCACCGCAUCCACUGCCUACAUGGUGCUGAAGUUGACGGAUUCAAAGAGCGCUGAUGAGAUGUUGGAUGAGAUGAUUCGUGAGGCACAGGCCAGGUCCCAGGCCGGGUCUUUGCGACCUGGCCACUUGCCGCAGCGACUGCAAGAUGAGCAUGCAGCGUUGGUGGCACAGUUGAAUCCACCCGAAGUUCAGUGGCAACAUCCAGCUGCGAGGAUGCGCUACUUGGACCCUGAGCGCUCCUUUGCGCCCGGUCACCCACAGUUCAGUGAGGAGGCUCGACAGAACUUGGCACGGUGGGCAGCAAAGGCAGCUCAAGGGCUUCCGAAGAUCCCUGAAUUACCUUCUGAAGGUUCAGGUAUUUCUGAGGCGCAACGUCGAGCACUACAAGAUGCAGCGCGGCGACGAGUUGAACAAGAGCAUGGUAUGCCACGUGGAUACUUGGAGCCGCCACUGGAGCUCUACAACAAGAUCAUGGCAGAUCGCCAAAGCUGGUAUCCAGUGCUGAAGUGGCUGGCAGGAGUGGUGCGCAAGCGGAUUGAGAAAGGCAGAGAGAUCGUGCUGGAGAAUCCGUGGUCGUCAUUGCUGCGGAAACUACGUUUCAUGGAAGACCUCUACACGGAGCGAGAAGAGCAAGGACCACUGGACACAAUCCAUGGCAUGGAUGAUGUGAGUGAGAUGCCAUGGAAGAGAAAGAUCGACCUGCAGGGGCUGGAUCGAGAGGAAGACUAUGAGGAGUUUGUGGUGGACAAGCAGGAUGAGCUGGGAAGGUUCAACCACGAGGUGUCCACUGAUGUGUUUGAGGUGCAUGACUGCAGAGGAGGCAGUCAUGCGAUUCUCAGCAUAGCUGACCUGGCUACCCGAUACCACAUUGCAGCUCGGGUAGGAGUUCACAACAAAGGGAAGCUGAACAGCCUACUUCAAGGACACGGUGUUGAAGUGAGGAGGACAGGAGUACAAGCGGCGUACCAGUUGGGCGCAGGUGAGCGUCAAGGCGGCAUCUUGAAGGAGUCAGCCCGCACCAAGAAUGUCAUGCUGAACAGUUCAGGCAACUCCCCAGCGCAACGGGUACCUGGACAAACACCAGAGGAUGCCACAAGUCUCACUGGACAAUCUUUUGAUGCCAACAUAAAACACCAAAAGAUUGUGGACUUGGAGGAGGAGCCACCCGUGCAGGAGACGUUCAUGUUGCAGCUGCUGAUGAGACAAGCUGCAGAGGAGGCCUUUGUUCAUGUUGAUUCUUGCAACAAGGUGCGCAAGGCAUUGCUGAGUAAGAGUGUCCCCAUGCGAGGACGAGAAAUGGUGGCUGAGGAUGGGGAGGAAGUCUAUUUGGACGACUAUGUGCCCUUUGCAGUGGACAGAGACGCGGCUCGACAUCCACGACCACGUUUUGAAGGACAAGCACUUGUGGGCGUCUUGGUCACUGAUUUUCCAGUUCCAGAAGGAACAACUGAGGGAGUUGACGCUGGAGUGGCUGCUAACCCGGGACAACUUCUACAACCAGCCGAGCUGGUGGUGCCACGUGAAGUUCCUGUACCGGAACCUGAGAUGGACGACUUCGAGAUCCACAGGCCAGCGGAGAUUGCCGAGUCCAUCGUGCCAUCGCCAUCAAUUCUCAGCGACGUGGGACUUCAACAAGCAUCGCAGCCUACGCCAUUGACCAAUGCGAUGCGAGCGAGACUGGAUGGAGACUCACGAGCAUGCCACUCAGAGGAUGAGAUCAAAGCCUUAGGCAAGGAGAAGCAAAUGAUUGCAUUCUUGGCCAGCAGACAGGCCAAGCACGUGGCGACAAGAACGAGAAGGUAUCAGAAGAAGAACCCGAUGGCAGGAGCAGGCAGAGAGGUUGUGUAUGACAAGGAGCCGCCAGAGAUUCAGGAGAAGAUGCGCGCAGCGCGAGAGAAGGAAUGGGCCAAUUGGCAGAAGUAUACCCACGGCAAAUGGAUCACAGAGGCUGAGUUCAAGAAGAUGCAGAAGAAGGAUCCAAAGCUGAACGCCGUUCCUACGCGCUGGGUUGAGACCAACAAGGCCGAGAUUGGGGAGCCGGCGGUGAUGAAGUCGAGGAUCGUGGUGCGAGGUGACUUGGAAGAUUCAUCCAAGAUGAGGAUGCACCAAGAGGCUCAAACGAUGAUUCAGAAGGGCUUCAAGGCAGUACCGCAUGAAGCAGCAGCCUACAGCCUGGUGAAUGACAAGGGAGAGCUUGAGGGCUUGGCUAUAGUUCAUGUUGAUGCUUUGCUAUGGACCGGAGGAGCUGAGGCGGAGAAGAGGAUGCAGGAGGACAAGGACGGCAUUCACAUUACCUGUCCGAGCCUGAUCGACCGUGUGCGACCUAUCUACCUGCCGGUUCGCAAGAAGAAGCAAGAGAAGAUCACAGAAGCGCAGAGGCAGCAAUUGAGGAGCAUUAUUGGAUCUCUUGCAUGGCUAGCUCGUGUCUGCAGACCGGAUUUGGCCUACGCAGCGAGCAAGCUCCAAUCCAAUGUGCACACGGCCACCUAUGAGGACAUCCGCUAUGCCAACACGGUCACUUCCAUUGCCCACAAGACCAAGUCCGCUGGCAUUCAUUGUCCUCUUCGUGCUUUUCGCUUUGAGGACGCGGUGAUCGUCGGCAUGCAGGAUUCAAGUUUUGCAAAUGACCACGACGUGAACUCAGAGGGCAAGAAGCUGGAGUUUCGCAGUCAGAGCGGCAGAUUGCUCGGCCUGGGGCCGCCCAAGUUCAAGGAGGCGAAACAGGGGCAACUUUUGCUCUUGGACAAUCAAGCGCGUGUGCCGUUCGACCCGUCAAGCGGAGGCCAUGUCUUUGAUUUCUGGCAUGGAGGAGGCCGAGCACGUGCGUAUGAUGCUUCAUGGACUAUGCCAUCCACGUCUCCGAGGUCUGGCAGCAUCAACUUCUUUGCCGACCACGAUGGUUGGCUCAAGCACAGCGUUCAUCGCAGUGUCAAAACAAGCAUUUGUGACUUGCAUGCACUUGCACAUUUCAUUGGCUAA